UCAUUACUGCCUUAGCCAAAAUAAAUGAAAAGUUGGAGGUGAUGCAAAAAUCAUUGAAGCCUGUAAGUGACGACGAGGCCGGCGUCGAAAUACCUGAUGGCAUCGCUUCUCUUCCUCUCAAGAGUAUUGCAGAAUUGGAAGCCUACGAAAUAUUGCUGAAGAACGAUGGAAACCUAAGAAAGCUGGUAUCACGGAAAAUUCGCCUUUUGGGAAAGAGGAACACUAAAAAUUCUGAAGCAGACUACGUUCAACGAGCAUGGAGGACUGUUUUUGCUGAUUCCCUCUCAAAGGAUGUUAACUGGCUGGGAAGGAGAGACAAAAGAGUCAAUAAUGGAAAUGAAAAAAAAGGACUGCACAAUUGUCGUAUCACGCCAGUUGUUAAAGAUGGAAUCCUCUCCAACAAAGUAUUUGUUAAUAUGGAAAACGAGAAAUUGAUCGAAGAAACUAAAGGUGCUCUUAAAAAUGCCAAAUUGCGUUUCAUUGCAGAUCAAUUGCGUGUACCGGCGGAUGAAAGCAGUGAUUCCAACUAAGAUUCUCUACUUUGAUCGUUUUCUCAAGUUAUCCUCCUUUGUUCUCGCUAUGGACCACCAAGAAAAUACCGCUGCCGAGGGUCUAGACCAAAAUGCCAAACAAGAAAUAAUUUAAAAAAUUAAAAUGUUGUAAAACUUGUGUUAACUUUGUGUUAAAUGAAUCCUAUUAUGGAUAGAAAACAAUAAAAGAAGUGUGUUUUCAA